CACCUCGUGGCUCAUCAGUGAAGAAGGUUCCAGCUCACCGAGGUUUACAGUCUCUAGGGAAAUCGUCCACAGGUGUUUCUCGGCUGCCCGUAACCGGUGAGAAGAAAAGGCAGAAGACAACAAGAAGGAAUGAGUGGGAAGUCUUUCCAGACUGGACAUCCCCCCGGAGCUCCCCAGUGAAGCGAGGGCGGGAAGACAGCCCCCAGGCCAGCCCACAGAUCCUCAGAGGGCGCGGACCUGGAGGAGGCGCCCCAGAAGGCGGCGCCCCUCGGAGGAAGUUUGUGCUUUAAGUGCAGAGCCGGGUGCGCCGUCGCAGCCACCUCCUGGAGCGAGCGGCGGGCGCCGACGGGAACUAUCAGCGCCACCCGGGGGCAGCGCCCGCACCGCCGCCAUGGGCGGCUCGGCCUCCAGCCUGCUGGACGAGGGCAAGUGCACCUACAUCCGAGGGAAAACUGAGGCUACUAUCAAAAACUUCAGUCCCUACUACAAUCGCCAGUACUCUGUGGCUUUCUGCAAUCACGUACGCAGUGAAGUAGAACAGCAAAGAGAUUUAACGUCACAAUUUUUGAAGACCAAGCCACCAUUGGAGCCUGGAACUGUUCUGUAUGAAGCUGAACUAUCACAGUUUGCUGAAGACAUAAAGAAAUGGAAGGAGCGGUACAUUGUGGUUAAAAAUGAUUUUGCUGUGGAGAGCUAUGAGAACAAAGAGGCCUAUCAGAGGGGAGCGGCUCCUAAAAGCCGAAUUCUUCCAGCUGGUGGCAAGGUGUUAACCUCAGAAGAUGAAUAUAAUCUGUUAUCUGAUCGGUUUUUCCCAGACCCUAUUGCCUCCAGUGAGAAGGAGACCGCUCAGCCCUUCGUGGUCCUGCCCAAGGAGUUCCCGGUGUACCUGUGGCAGCCGUUCCUCAGACACGGCUACUUCUCCUUCCACGAGGCCGCCGACCAGAGGAAGUUCAGCGCGCUCCUGAGUGACUGCAUCAGACACGUGAACCACGAUUACAUGAAGCAGACGACGUUUGAAGCCCAAGCGUUUUUAGAAGCUGUGCAGUUCUUCCGGCAGGAGAAGGGACACUAUGGCUCAUGGGAAAUGAUCACUGGGGAUGAAGUCCAGAUCCUGAGCAACCUGGUGAUGGAGGACCUCCUGCCGACCCUUCAGACAGACCUUCUGCCCAAAAUGAAAGGGAAGAAGAAUGACAGAAAGAGGGCCUGGCUCGGUCUCCUUGAGGAGGCCUACAACCUGGUUCGGCAUCAAGUUUCAGAAGGAUUAAGUGCCUUGAAGGAGGAGUGUCGAGCCCUGACGAAGGGCCUGGAGGGAACCAUCCGUUCAGACAUGGAUCAGAUCCUGAACUCAAAGAACUUUUUAAUUGGAAAGAUCAAAGCCAUGGUGGCCCAGCCAGCAGAGAAAAGCUGUGCAGAGAGUGUGCAACCAUUCUUGGCCUCCAUUCUGGAGGAGCUGAUGGGGCCAGUGAGCUCAGGAUUCAGUGAAGUCCGCUCGCUCUUUGAAAAAGAAGUGGAUGAACUUAGCCAGAACUUUCAGACCACCAAAGACAGCGUCCAGCUUAAGGAGCAUCUAGACCGGCUCAUGACCCUUCCACUGGAUUCCAUGAAGAUGGAACCUUGUUACAGUAAAGUCAACCUGCUUCAGGAGCGUUUGCAGGAUCUCAAGAGCCGCUUCCGAUUCCCACACGUGGAUCUGGUGGUCCAGAGGACACAGAACGACAUGCAGGAGCUAAUGGAGAAUGCAGUAUUCACUUUCGAGCAGUUGCUUUCCCCACAUCUCCAAGGAGAGGCCUCCAAAACUGCGGUCACCAUCGAGAAGGUUAAGCUCCGAGUCUUAAAGCAAUAUGAUUAUGACAGCAGCACCAUCCGGAAGAGGAUAUUUCAAGAGGCACUGGUUCAAAUCACACUUCCCACCGUGCAGAAGGCACUGGCAUCCACGUGCAAACCAGAGCUCCAGAAAUACGAGCAGUUCAUCUUUGCAGACCACACCAGUAUGAUUCACGUGGAGAAUGUCUACGAGGAGAUUCUGCAUAAGAUCCUCCUUGACGAAACUCUGAAAGUGAUAAAGGAAGCCGCUCUCCUGAAGAAACACAACUUAUUUGAAGACAACAUGGCCUUGCCCAGUGAAAGUGUGUCCAGCUUAACUGAUCUAAAAACCCCCGCAGGGUCAAACCAGGCCAGCCCUGCCAAGAGAGCCUCGGCCAUUCUGCCAGGAGUUUCAGAGAGCGAGGCGCUGAGUAAUGAAGUAUUCCAGGAGCUGGGGGAACAGAAGCAGCCUGGGGUCCCUAGUCCAUUGGCCAAAGGAGAAAGUCCAUCUUUCCCUGUCCCUACCCCUCCCCCAGACGGGACCGGACAGGGGAUUCUUUCAGGGGUGGAUGGCCCUGUUGUGCCUCUCGUGGCUGCAGAGGACACGGCAGGAGCCCUGGGCACACACUCGUCAGAGCUGGAGUUUGGAGGGGCUCCUGCGGACAGAGAACCCAGCUACGAAAAGCCAGAAUCCAGCUCUGCCUCGGGCUCCUUGAAGGAGCUCAGAAAUUUGUUGACGGUGACCAUUGAAGUGCCAGUGGAAUCGGCCUCCCUCGAGAUUGAGAAAGAUACGAAUGAAGAGACCCUUGCUCCCCAAGAAAUUGAAACAGUAGAGGCAACAACCCAAAUCGACACAGAGGCCGAUCAAGCAGCUGCCUCCAGUCAGGACAGCUGUGAAGGCGGUGAAAUCAGUGAGAGGGAGGCCCGCUCUUCCCCUCGGGAGGCUGAGGCGGAGGCCGGCAGGGAGGAGUUGGGGGGGUUCCUGGGGGCUCAGCUGGCCUGCGAAGGGCUUACCCAGGGUGCCAGCAGCCCUGGUCCCCCAGAGCAGCAAGCAGAGGCUGGGGAAUCCCCUGAGAAGGAGCUCACAGGGGGGGCUUCCAGACUGGAUGCCCAGGAAGGAGGAGGGGCUGAGGCCAUUGUGGAGGUUGAGGACAGGCCAGAAGAAGAUUGCAUUUCCAGGGCUCACCCCACCUGCCCCAGUGAGAGCCAGGGUUCUGUGGAAGAAACCCUGGGAGGGAGCAGCAACAUGGCCCAGGCUACUGCCAGUGUGGAUACAGAAGAGGUUAAGGCUGCUGGUGUUCACGAGUGCCAGUGGGUGGUGGAGAAUGCUCCAAACUUCGAUCUGCUAGGUUCACAAGAUGGAGGGGAGAGUACCCCAGGGCAGCCCUCGGAAGAGUGAAAGGGACAAUUUGGCAUAAGUAUUUCUUUGCACAAACUCAGCCAAAGGUUCAUAGUUAUGGGUAUGCUUAGGGGUUGCACGCAAGUUGUUACCAAAAAAAAAGAAAAGAAAAGAAA